ACAAUAAUGAAUGGAAACACGUCGUAGCCAAGAAAGUUGAGCAGCAACUCAAAGUAACAGUUGGGUCGGCAUUUGAAAGUUUUUAGUCGCGAGGGGGAAUCUGUUUGAAGUAAUGGAGUGGCCAGGCAAAUUAGAAAUUACUUUCUGGAAGAGAAAGCAGCUGCACUUUGAUUGUUACUUUUGAAAGUAAGUUUUUUUUUUAGGGGAAACUACAGUGGAGCACACUGUAAAGCUAAACUGCGUGAAUAAGUGUAAAUGGCAUUUUGGGACAGUGAUUCAAGACUACUGCACUGUCAGCGGUUUAUCUCGGUUUGGAGAAGUGGAUUAUUUGGAUUAAUCCGUUAAUGAAAUUGUUGGAAUAUUUGGGAAAUCUUUGUUUUACUUGGAUUAUCAUCACUGGAAGAAGAAGCUGAAGGAUUCAAGUUGACCGAAGGAUACAGCACAUCUGGGGGAAAAUGGGUAAUAUAGAAAGUGUGGAUGGCCAGUCGGAGAUGAAGCAUCACAUCAUGCCUCUAAAGGUCCCCAUGCCUGACCCCACCGAGCUGGAGGAGAAAUUUGCCAUUGUUUUGAAUUCUAUGAACCUUCCUCCAGACAAAGUGCGGCUCCUCAGGCAGUAUGACAAUGAGAAGAAGUGGGACCUGAUCUGCGACCAGGAGAGAUUUCAGGUGAAGAAUCCGCCUCACACCUACAUCCAGAAGCUACGAGGAUACUUAGACCCUGGAGUCACACGAAAGAAGUUUCGCAGACGGGUACAGGAAUCUACAAAAGUCUUGAGGGAGCUGGAAAUCUCACUAAGGACGAACCACAUUGGGUGGGUCAGGGAGUUCCUCAAUGAUGAGAACAGAGGUCUUGACGUCCUGGUGGAGUACCUCUCCUUUGCCCAGUGUGCUGUCAUGUUGAAUUUUGAGGGGCUGGAGAAUGAGGAGGAAGGCUUCCUGGACAAGACUAAAUCUUGGAGCAGGUCUAUAGAGGAUCUGCACCACACCAGCACCCAACCCUUCUGCAACACACUGGUGCGCUCUGCCCGCCAGUCUGUCCUCCGCUAUGGCACGGUUUCCAACAGCAAAACCAUCAAGAACUCCCGCCUCGUGAGCCAGAAAGAUGAUGUGCAUGUGUGCAUCAUGUGCUUGAGAGCAAUCAUGAAUUAUCAGUAUGGCUUCAAUAUGGUCAUGUCUCACGCACACGCAGUCAAUGAAAUUGCUCUCAGCUUGAACAAUAAGAACUCACGGACAAAAGCCUUGGUCCUUGAGCUGCUGGCUGCCGUCUGUCUCGUCCGAGGAGGUCACGAGAUCAUCCUCUCAGCAUUUGACAACUUCAAAGAGGUGUGUAAGGAGAAGCAUCGCUUUGAGAGACUGAUGGAUUACUUCCGCUGCGAGGAGGGAAACAUCGACUACAUGGUUGCUUGCAUGCAGUUCAUCAACAUUGUGGUUCACUCGGUGGAGGACAUGAACUUCAGAGUCCAUCUGCAGUAUGAAUUCACCAAGCUGGGACUGGAUGAUUACCUGGAGAAAAGUAAACAUACGGAGAGUGACAAGCUGUCGGUGCAGAUCCAGGCCUACCUGGAUAAUGUGUUUGACGUGGGUGGCCUGCUGGAAGAUGCGGAGACCAAGAAUGCAGCUCUGGAGAAGGUGGACGAACUGGAGGAGCACCUGUCCCAUGUGACGGAGAAGCUGCUGGAGAUUGAGAAUGAAACAAUGAUGAAAGUAGCUGAUCUGGAGAAGGUGGUCAUUCAGAAAGAUAAGGACCUGCAUGCAAUACGGGAGACGUACGAGUCGACCAACACCCAGGUCACCACCCUGAGGAGGAUGAUCAAGGAGAAGGAUGCCGCCUCCCAGAGGCACGUUAACAUCGAGAGGAGGCUGCUCGAGCUCGAACAGCAAGGCACCAUCCGUUUGCACAAGAAGGCUGAUGGAGACAUUGCCAUUGAGACGUUGGGUGUGGGUGGUGGUGUUGGCAGUAUUGGCCUUGGGAUCCCUCUGGGUGACAUUAGGCAGCUGUCUUUGGGUUCAACAGCUGGGUUAACCGAACCAGGAGGACUCGACACGAGUUUACCACCUGCCAGUGAAGCCCCUCCACCUCCUCCUCCUCCUCCACCACCGCCUCCUCCUCUUCCCUCUGCUUCAGGGCACGGUGCACCAGUCCCACCACCGCCGCCUCCUCUCGCUCCACCCCUGCCAGGCGCUUCUCCAUCAGUUAUCCUGAGUGUGGGUCUCUCAGCUAUCAGAAUCAAGAAGCCCAUCAAGACCAAGUUCCGCCUGCCUGUGUUUAACUGGACAGCCUUGAAGCCCAAUCAGAUCAACGGCACGGUCUUCAACGAGAUCGAUGAUGAACGUGUGCUAGAGGAGCUGGAUCUGGAGAGGUUUGAGGAGCUGUUUAAGACCAGAUCCCAGGGUCCGAUUGUGGAUCUUUCUUGCACAAAGAGCAAAGUAGCCCAGAAGGCGCUGAACAAAGUCAGCCUUCUCGACGCCAAUCGCUCCAAGAACUUAGCCAUCACACUGCGAAAGGCUAACAAGGCCUCAGAAGAGAUCUGCAAAGCGAUAGAGAAGUUUGACCUCAAGGCCUUACCCGUCGACUUUGUGGAGUGCCUGAUGCGUUUCCUGCCCACGGAGAACGAAGUGAAGGUGAUGCGUCAGUACGAGCGUGAGCGGCGUCCACUGGACCAGCUAACGGAGGAAGAUCGCUUCAUGUUGUUAUUCAGCAAGAUUGAGAGGCUCACGCAGAGAAUGAACAUCAUCACCUUUGUUGGGAACUUUUCUGACAACAUUAGCAUGCUCACGCCACAGCUCAAUGCGGUCAUUGCUGCUUCUGGCUCAGUGAAAUCCGCACCAAAGUUGAAAAGAGUGCUCGAGAUCAUCUUAGCCUUGGGAAACUACAUGAACAGUAGCAAGCGAGGCUGCGUUUAUGGCUUCAAAUUACAAAGUCUUGAUCUGCUGCUGGACACUAAGUCUACAGACAGGAAGAUGACGCUGCUCCACUACAUAGCUCUCAUUUUGAAAGAGAAGUACCCUGAACUGGCCAACUUCAACAACGAACUGCACUUUGUGGAUAAAGCUGCAGCAGUAUCUCUGGAAAAUGUGCUGCUGGAUGUUCGAGAGCUGGGGAAAGGCAUGGAUCUGAUCCGGAGGGAGUGCAGCCUCCAUGACCAUUCGGUCCUGAAAGGCUUUGUCCAGGCCAGUGACGCACAGCUGGACAAGCUGCAGAAGGACGCCAAGACAGCAGAGGAAGCCUACAACAAUGUGGUUAACUACUUCGGAGAGAGUGCCAAGACGACUCCACCCUCGGUGUUCUUCCCUGUGUUUGUGCGCUUUAUCAAGGCCUACAAGGAUGCAGUGGAACAAAACGAACAGAGGAAAAAGCAGGAGGAAGCAAUGAGAGAAAAGUUACUGGCUCAGGAGGCUAAACAGCAAGACCCCAAGGUCCAGGCCCAUAAGAAGAGGCAGCAGCAGCAGGAGCUGAUCGCAGAGCUGCGCAAGCGGCAAGCCAAAGACCACCGGCCCGUGUACGAGGGCAAGGAUGGCACUAUUGAGGACAUCAUCACAGUACUGAAGAGCGUGCCCUUCACAGCCCGCACUGCUAAACGCGGCUCACGGUUCUUCUGUGAAGCCAACCUCUGUGACGACGCCAACUGCUAGCCCUUCCCCCCUAAUGCCAAGGUUGUCCAGAUCUCCGAAACCAGCCUUUCCUGCGAGCUGACGCGUUGGUCCGGAGCGGUUGGAAGAGACCCUAAAACCACUUAUUCAUCACUUAUACUCCCCUCCCCACUAUAACCUCCCUCCCUGUGUCCCGAUGGUCUAUCUCAAACCUGAGGCUGCAGAUCACAAAGACUGAAAGGAGGGACAGGACAGAGCUGGGUAAUUUAUUUAUUUAUGGAGGCCCUUUACAGCCACUUUAGGUGAGCAGGCAUCAUUACAGAAGCACAAUAGGUCACUCCUGUCUCACUGCAAACACAAGACUUUCCCUGCUCUGUGCCACGGAGGAAGACGACUACGAAACAGGUGAGUUGAAGACUGGCAGACCACAAAGCAGGAAGAACUUUGCUUUUACUAACAAGCGCCUGCCAACAUGUGGAUCUUAUUCCCCAAGACUUUUAAUGUCCUCAGAUUACGCAGUCGUAGCAGGAUUUAGAUUGAGUCAGCCAGGGGAAGACGCCAACUCUGCUGCUGCUCGGACGUUUGCCUUGAAGAGACUUGAAAAACCUUCCUCCAAAUAACAGAGAAGCUUCGAUGUUAUAAUGAGACAUUUCGGGGCCGUUUCCUAACUUUAAGCCAAGUCAACACAUUCAAUCAAGAUUUAAUUUAGUUUUCAAUCACAUGUGUCUAGGAGGAAACACCAUCCUGUCUACUGGUUCUUUUGGACAAGCUAGCCAAACCAAAAUGUCUCCAAUGUUUCAUGUUGCUUAAGAAGUGCCUUUUCUUUGUGUACACAGUGUUAUUUCUCAUGAAUCAGCCAUAAUUUGUUUAUUUUACAUCUGUCAUUUGUUAAAGAUUGUAUUUUUUAUUGCCUUGUUCUAUAACAUUAGUCUUAUAAUACUGACAACAAUUUGCAGACGUUGAAAUUUCCGGCUUUAAAGUCAAACAACAACUAGAAGGUGAGGGGAGAAUGAUUUUAAGAUUACUCUUUUAUUUAACUCUCUAGUACAUCCAUGUCUUUAAGCUCAUAACGAUUGACAUUUCUUUGUGCCUUUUCCAAGUUGUUCUUAAAAAAAAUGAAUGUUAUACGCCUUGACAACACUUUCUGUCACACUUUAAGUGACAUUUGGGAAGUGACACAUGUAUGAAGAAGAUUCCACAUGGACUGCUGAUCAAGGGCCCCGAUGACGUUAACCUGCUAUAGAUGUGGUGAUGGAUGAAGGAGGUUUCUAUUCCUAUGAGGUCUUAUGUUUUAAGCUUCUUUUGUUUAAUCUCCUCUGUUUUAAUAGAGAUGAGACGUUUCCUCGUAACAGCUGUUGAAACUUACAUGACAUUGUCACAAAGGGAACGAUAGAUCUUUACACUACUUACAUUUGGCUCAACAUUGUAUGAUACACUAUUCUCUAAAUGGACAUUUAUAUUAAUGUACAUUUAAAUCAAGAAAUUUACUUUUUAGAAGAUAUGAUCCGUGAUAUUUCUAUAUUGAUUGAAAGAUGACACUUCCUGAAUAAUAAAUAAGAUGAAUUAUGUAA